AACCAUUUGCUAUAUUGAAUGAAAUAACAAAAUAACAGGGAAACAUUUUUCACACAACACUUGGACAAUUACGCACCUCUAAAACAUUUGCAGUGGUUUUUAAACAACUUCUAAACAUAAAAAGCUUCACAAAAUAGUUUGUCUUGCAGCCCUGUUAUAUUGGAUUACAUAAUAUUGUAAGCAGUUCCUGUUAUUUUGUCCAUUUCACAUGCACAUACUGCUGAAGUAUGGGGAGGUUCAACUGGGAGAAGGAUUGUAACCACUUUUUAAGGACAAGUUUGUUUUGAUUACAUUUUACAGCAGGUUUGUUGAGCUGUAUCACCCUUAGUGAUUCUCUCACACAUUGCCAAAUGAACUGACGCAUGAUAUCAGUCCAGUUGUGGCAACCGCUGGCAGGUUGCAGCUCUUCCUCAUUUAAAUCAAAUGAGUAAGCGAGUAAGUGUUGCUGCUUGAAGGCUGGUUUCCUGAAUGUGUCAUGAUCCAUUUCACUUGCAUCGAGCAAGAGCUUGUUACACUGCUGGCUGCUUUAAAGUGACUUAAAGUUGAGUGGAUUCUCCAACAAGGACUAUUUUUAACCACUGCCAACAUGACAUUACAAUUUAAAGAUGCCUUUUGGGGAGAGGACUUCAUCAGUAAUAUUGGGUUUGAGACCAUCAGUCAGAGACUUAAUGAUGGUCGACGGACAUGCAAAGACAUGGAGGACCUCUUGAAAAUGAGGGCUUCAGCAGAGGAGAAAUAUGGCAGGGAACUGGUCACAAUCGCCCGCAAGGCUGGCGGUUUAUAUGAGAUCUGCACUUUGAGAAAUUCUUUUGAUGAAAUGAGAACACAAAUUGAAAAGGUAGGAAACUUGCACAUUCAGCUUUCUGGUUUCCUCAAAGAAGAAUUGAAGAGAAUGGAGCAGUUCAGAGAGCGACAGAAAGAACAGAGAAAAAAGUUUGAAUCUAUCAUGGAGAAGGUCCAGAAGAUAAAAGUCUCCCUCUACAAGAAAACAAUAGAUUCUAAAAGAUCUUAUGAGCAGCGCUGCAGGGAGGCAGAUGAGGCAGAGCAAAUCGCUGAGAAGAUGGCUAAUACUCCCACAGCCACUCCCAAACAGAUUGAAAAGAUGAACAAUAAAUCUAAACAGUGCAGAGAAGCUGCAGAGGAGUCUGAGAAACAGUACAUGUUAAACAUUGAACAACUUGACAAGACUCGUCAAGAUUGGGAAUCAACACACAUCAACACAUGUGAGAUAUUUCAGCAGCAGGAAGAAGACCGCAUCAGCAUCCUAAGGGAUGCUUUAUGGGUGCACUGUAACCAUUUGUCAAUGCAGUGUGUGAAAGAUGAUGAGUGUUACGAGGAUGUGAGAAAAACACUGGAAAAGUGUGACAUCAUCGCAGACAACAACUGCUUUGUAGAGACGAAACGCACUAGCUUGACCCCUUCAGCUCCAAUUGAAUACCAAAAUUACUAUCAGAAGGAUCCUACAGAUGACAGAAAUGGAAGUGCUGGAUUCGUAGGGGGAGUCAUGAAAAAGUUUUCAAGUCUUUUGCAAGGAAACUGUUCGAGUGGCUCCAAACUGAGCAUUAAUGAACAAGCUACACAACCUACUGCAGGAACAUCAGAAGGAGUUUAUGCUUCAAUUCCUGUAUGUCAGGGGUCCCAGCUGAGCAGUGAGGGUUACCAGGUCUUGUAUGACUAUGUGGCACAGGGCGUCAAUGAGCUCUCGGUCACAGUCGGGGACAUUGUGGUUGUCAUGGAUCAAGGUGAGGAUGGCUGGUGGACAGUCGAAAGAAAUGGCCUUACUGGUUUGGUCCCAGGCUCUUACCUUGCCAAAUAAUGAGCUUACCUGACAGCCAUAGUCAUGUAAUAGUUUGUAAAGGCAUUGUGAUUUCAAAUUGAAUAUAAUUUGAUUUUAUUUGUUCAGAUUUGUGUUGAACGCAACAUUAUGAGUAAGAUUUAAUUUGACCUAUUAUAGUAGCAUAUUAGACGCUGUGGAAGAAAUCAUGUUAAUUUGCAACAAAACCUAAUUUUGUUAGAAUGACACCUUUAUCACAUAAUAAUCCUACAGAGAGAGGCUGUCACAUAGGCUACAGUAUAAGACUGAAAAAAAUGUAUUGCUAUGGCAUAUAUUCAUAUUGCUUUGCACUUAAUGCUGAUGUGUUGAACGCUCCUGAUACUCAUGACAGCUGGGAGAUUAAGUGAUCUGUUGCACAAAACACCUGCACUAAGUUUAUUGAUAUACUGUUGUAUUGUUUUAUAUCCGCAGUUCUAAAUGUUUUGCAGAAUGUUAGACUUCUGUUGUUGGCCUGUUUAUAACUUCUAUGUGUAGUUAUUGUUUCUAUUCCGAAUGCAUUCACAUUCAUAUACAUAAUAAUGUGCAGGUAUUUGUUAUUUAUUCAAAAUGACAUAAAAUGUGUUUUGUUUUUGACACAUGGUGAACAUUGUUUUCAGCCACCACUAAUUAAGAAAACUAUUUGGCAUUACUGCUUUUUUUUUUCUUGCUAUUCUUUAUGUGGAUUUUAAAAGGACCAGACAAGAACAAUCCAACAAAGUAGCUGUAAUACAACAUUUUUGGGUCAUGUUCCUAAGCAAUCUGCUCUCUAUCCCCUAACCAAAGCUUCUAUUAACCACCGUAAGUGUUCACAAUGUAUAUUUGGUGGUCACAAGAUCCUCCGAAAGCAGAUACCACUACAUCUAGUGAUUAUGGUAGGAGCUAAUUAAAAUACAUGCAUGUAUAUUGUGCCCAUAGGAACCUAGAACCUAGUUUGAAGACAUAAUGCUACAGAGCAAAAAAUACAAGACCUCUUUAACCUGUUACACCCCUUCCUCAUGGGAAAUACCUGAACCUUGACCUCUCAAUUUUUUGGAACAAAGUUGACUCCACCAGGGAAUGUGAGCUACAGUGUGUUUGGAUAAAAAAAAAAAAAAACACUUAGUGCAGCAAUUUCAUCUUUUGGAGAGAUGUUAAAUUUCAGAGAAAUUCAAACAAUGAACCAGAAAACACACUCACAUAAACCUUUCCCACAUUUAAUUGACAUUCUUGAGUCUUGCUAUUGCUACAUUUCAGAAAAUCAAGUUCUACAACUACCAUCGUAGAAUGUUGAGACAAAAACAAACAGCUACUGUACAAAGCCUAUCUUGACUUAAGAAUGCAUUACUACUUCACAAAUCCCACAUACUAAACUAGAUUAAAAAGUUUGCUUCUUA